UCAGGGAUGGCAGCUCCAAACUCUGCAGAGAGGAAAGCCUGCUGGGAUGCAAGGGAUCAGCUCUGGCAAUGUUUGGAUGAAAACAAUGACAGGCUUGAAUCCUGUCAGAAGUUCCAGGCUGACUUUGAGGCCAGAUGUCCAGCUCAGUGGGUGAAGUAUUUCACUAAGAGGAGAGACUUCCUAAAAUACAAAGAGAAGAUGCAGACCGAGGGAUUCACACCAGCUGGAGGCCCACGAGAAAACUCCUAACUGGAAAACUAUAGAUGGACUUUUACCCAAACCGUGCAGGACCCUGUGUGCAGUUAGCUUUAUUUAUUUGUUAAAAAUAAAUACUUG